UGUAAUGACCAUUAAAACCCUGCAUCAGUCAGGCAUAUAAGGUGAAUAGGAAUGUGAGCAUAGCAGAAGGAAAAGAGAGAGAGACAACAAUGGUGGGAGGUGAAUGCAUUUCAAACCAUCCUAUUUUCAAUACUUCAAGUGGUGUUGGUUAUGUUACCAAUAUCGCUGGUGUUAACACCUACGUCACUGGUUCUCCUCUCGCCAUUCUUGCCAUUGUUCUUAUUUCUGAUGUUUAUGGAUUUAAACCGCCACUUUUAAGGAAAAUUGCAGACAAGGUUGCACACCACGGGUAUUUUGUGGCGGUUCCUGACUUCUUCCAUGGAGAACCCUACAAUCGUGACAAUGCCAGCAGGCCUUUCACUCCUUGGUUAAAAGAUCAUGACCCGGCAAAAGGUAUUGAAACUGCAAAACCUAUUAUUGAAGCCUUGAAAAGAAAGGGUGCUUCUGCUGUUGGAGUUGCUGGUUUCUGUUGGGGUGCUAGGACUGUAACUAACCUUGGAAAAGCCAAACUUGUUAAAGCUUCUGUGCUAUUACAUCCAUCAUAUAUCACUGUGGAUGACAUCCGUGGCGUUGAAGUUCCAAUUGCUAUACUUGGAGCUGAGCAUGACUCACUCUCUCCUCCAAAGCUUUUAAAGCAAUUUCAACAAGUCUUAAAUGCUAAACCAGAGAUUGAUAGUUACGUGAAGAUAUUUCCUAACGUCUCACACGGUUGGACUGUGAGGUACGAUCCUAAUGAUCCAAAAGCUGUGAAAGCUGCAGGGAAGGCUCAUAAAAUCAUGAUAAAUUGGUUUGAUAAACAUCUUAAGAAGUUCUGAGAAAUGCUGUCAUGUGAUGUUUCGUUUGUAUCAUUGUGUCUGGUUGGAGGAUGAAGAAGAGGAGCUUCUCAUUCCACGUUGUGUUUGUAUCAGGACAGAUGUAAGAGUGUGACAGAUUUAACCAUAAAAAUAUUUUACAGAACCCAAUUUUUAAAUGCCCUGUUUAAAGUUAUUUCCAAAUAUAUUAAGGGCGUCGUAUAUUGUUUUAGAUCAAACUAGUGUAUGUCUUUUAAAUUUUAGAUAAAAAAUAAAAAUAAAAAAAUCCAUGUGACCA